AUGCAGUAUAGAAGACGACUUUUUCUGUCUUCAGGAGACCACGAGGGAACGGCUCCACAGGCCCAACAAAACGUGGCGUACACUCCCGGCACAGCGUACCAACCUGCGUACACCCCUGGCACCGCGUACAAUCCGUACCAGCAGGCGUACACCCCUUCUACGGCAUACAACCCAUACCAACAGGCGAACAGCCCUUCUACGGCAUACAACCCAUACCAACAGGCGAACAGCCCUUCAACGGUAAAUAAUCCGUACCAACAGGCAUACAGGCCCGGAUCCACGGGUACAUCUCCGUACCAACAGGCAUACUUAGUCCCAGUCCAGCAGGUCUACGGUGGACAGCAGGCACCCACGGCGCCACAACAACCACAGAAUCCAGGGGUUGGAUAUACUGGGCCUAAUCCGUACGGGCCACAAGGACAGCCAGUACAACCCCAGCCAGGAGCGUACAGUGCGUACCAGCGAUCUCAGACCUAUGCUGGAUACAAUACACAACCACAGGGAUAUGUAAGGCAGCCACAGACGUACGCGGGGUAUGCAGCUCCUCAGGCGUACAGCGGAUAUAGUGCUCCUCAGGCGUACACCGGAUAUACGGCUCCUCAGGGGUACGGGAGUCCUCAACAACAGCAAUACAGUACGCAACAGUACGCGCCAUCGUACUACCAACCACAGGCACGACCAUAUUACGGAGGCGGACAAUCUCAAGCAUAUACGCUACCGUACUCCCCUACGCAAGCGUACGGUCCUCCUCAACAGCAACAACAACAACAACCUAAUGUUGGCCGACCACAGCAACAGGUGUCCUACUACGCACCACCGACGCAAUCGUACAACGCACAACCGGCACAGCAGUCACAAUAUCCUGCUCCACCACAGCAAGUCCAGCAAUACGGAGCGGGAGCACAACAAUUGUAUUAUAGAAGCCCGACAUAUCCGGCUUAUCCCGGAGUCCAGCAGCCUUAUCAACCUUAUGGGAACCCUCUUGUCCCCCAGCCAGCGCAGCACUCCGUGUCCACGGCAAGUCAAGAGAGAGCAUUUAAGUAUUUAGAUUACGCUGAUAAUUAUGACAGGAAUACAGCUGAGCAGGAGGCACAAGCAGGGACGACACAGGAAGAAACGCAAGGUGGUUGGGCCCCUUGGAGCCAGUUUGGUCAAUGCUGCAGCGGAGUGCGCAUGCGCUUACGCUCCUGUAAAGAGGGUCAUCUUCUUGGGACGGACUUCUGCAGCGGGGUGCCGUUAGAAUGGGACAAGUGUGCUAAUGGAGACGAGGAUAUUUGUACCCCUACCAUAACUUCAGAUGGGAGUUAGUCUUCACUCGUUCGACGUGAUGGGCUCUCUCGUUCACAAAAAGCCAGUUCCGAACAUAUGCAAAACAUCUCCCGAGCUUCAUGUAACAUUUGAUAAACAGUUUUAUGUCAUUCAGGUGAUAGUAGUUACGG